UAUCAAUUUAUUCAUUUUUCCUGCUUGGGUUCCUCGUGUUUUUCCUCUCUGUUUCCUCUCUCUGAUUCUCUUGUGGAAACCGAGCUCCCCCUCUUCUCAGAUUCCUCUCGUUGACUUCCCCAAAACCCUAUCUCCAGUCGUCAAUCGCCGAUCGAUUCUUUGAUUUUCAACCACUGGCUUCAAUCCCCUCCGAUCUGUAGUUUCCGGCUUCAAUUUCCCACUUCGGACGCCGAUUCUCUGCUUUCCGAAGAAGAAAUGGAGUUUCUCGAUCACUAGGUUGUUGCGAUUAUUCUUAUCUUGUCUCUGCAACAAACCUGCUUCAAAUCCUAAUCCACCUACUGAAAUUUGCGAUCAUGGCUAUUCGAGUUACCCUCUCCUACUCCGGCUAUGUUGCCCAAAACCUAGCUUCCUCCACCGGCCUUCGGGCCGGUAACUGCCGCGUUUUUCAGGAGUGUUGGGUCCGAUCUUGUAUUUUUGGCUCAAGCCAUAAUCCGGACCUCAAAUCUGCUGGAAGCGCGCGCAAUUAUCGGUCUGAUAGCCGGCGGUUUAAGCCGAGUUGUUCUUCUAUGUACAGCGCUCUCCCGGGAGAAAUGGUUGGGGAAAACCCUAAGAGUCCAAUGAUUUUGGGUUUGAUUUCGAUGCUGAAAUCGAUGGCGUCUGCUUCUGAAUCUUCCCCGAUCCCCACGGGGAUUUUGGGGGUUUCUUCAUUUAAAGCCACUUCGAUUAUACCCUUUCUACGAGGCUCGAAUUGGCUUCCGGGUUACGAUAUACGAUCUCAUGUAAGCGAUGAUGUGGAUAAAGGCGGAACAGUUUGUUGUGAUUAUGAUGAAAGUGGGAGUGAUGAGUUUUAUGAGAGUGAUUUUGAGAAGAGCAGCUGGGUUUCGCGCUUGUUGAAUACCUAUUCCGAUGAUGCAAAGGCUCUGUUUACGGCUUUGACUGUUAGUGUGCUCUUUAAAUCGUUCUUGGCGGAGCCGAAAUCGAUUCCUUCUUCUUCCAUGUAUCCUACUCUGGAAGCAGGGGAUCGUGUUUUAGCUGAAAAGGUUUCAUACUUUUUCAGGAAACCUGAAGUUUCUGAUAUAGUGAUCUUCAAACCUCCUAAGAUCUUGCAGGAAUUUGGAGUUAGUUCGAGUGAGGUGUUUAUUAAGAGAGUUGUGGCUACGUCUGGGGACGUGGUGGAAGUUCGGAACGGGAAAUUGGUGGUAAACGGUGUUGUUGAAGAUGAGGACUUCAUCUUAGAGCCAAUUGCUUAUGAGAUGGAUCCAAUGCUUGUGCCUGAAGGUUAUGUGUAUGUAAUGGGAGACAACCGUAACAAUAGUUGUGAUUCUCACAACUGGGGUCCGCUCCCGGUUGAAAAUAUCGUAGGAAGAUCAUUAUUCAAGUACUGGCCUCCCCCCAAAGGAUCCAGUAUGGUAGAUGAACCACAUGCAAAGAACAUUAAUCUGGGGAUGUCCUGACACCGUCCCGGUAUUACCUUACCUUAUCAUACCCUUAACACGGAUCAAACUGGCCUAUUUCGGUCCCGAUUCCUGCAACAUCUUUGCACAUAAAACUUGGAUUGGACUUCAUGUCCACAUGGUGUGUAUUAAUGGAAGUAACUCCUAUCCCUUGUGAUAGCUGUAUCCUAUGCUAUUCUUAAUCCAAAAUGGGAUUGAAGAAAAAAAAAAUGGAAAAAAGAAAAGAAAUGGAUGGAAUAAAAAGAGUUAGAAGGGAAUUGAUCUCUAGGCCCCUAAAUUGGUAUUGUGGAACCAAAGUUUUCGAAUCUUCAAAGGGUUCGAGUGUUCCAGAAAAUGUCGAACAGGCCUGGGACGAGCAUCGUUCACCUUCAGCUUGCAGCCUCACUCUAUUGUUUUGGUCAUUGUAGACAUCAUAUAUGGCUGAGAUGAAAGGACAUGGAGUGGCAAAUGUAUCUAUCUUAGCAAUGAACAAACUUCAUGGUGUGUCUAUUUUCUGUGUGUUUUGUGCUGUACUUGCUCAGCUUUAGUCAUAGACAAGAUUGGAUCCUGUAAUUCUAGACAAGAUUGUAUCUGUGGAUUUGAAUUCAGAGAUUUCAGAUAAUUGGUAUUUUCUGUUUCGUUAGACGA